AUGGAGAGAUCAGAAGGAGAAGAGUAUUUGUUCAAGAUAGUGGUGAUUGGGGACUCAAUGGUGGGAAAAUCGAACUUGCUCUCGCGAUUUGUGAGAGAUGAGUUUGGUUUGCACUCAAAAGCCACAGUGGGAGUAGAGUUUCUGACCCAGGUGAUGGAGCAUGAUAGCAAAGAGAUCAAAGCCCAGGUCUGGGACACCACCAGCCAAGAGUGCUUCCGCGCCGUCACCUCUGCCUACUACAAAGGCGCUGUUGAUGCUCUUGUCGUCUACGAUAUCAAUGGUCGGACUACUUUCGAUAGCAUCAAGCGGUGGCUCGAUGAACUUAAGAGUAACACACCACUCAUGUACCUCAACAACAUUGUGGAUGGUUGUGUCGCUCAUAUUGCUGCCAAGCUAGAGAUGAUGAAGCCCUGCUCAAGCGUCAAUGACAGGAUUGGGUACGGUAUGAUCCAAGAUGCAGAGGAGUAG